AUGCCACGUGUUCAGUUUAUUGGACAAAUUAGUUUGUCAUUUGGCAAUACUCUACCGGAAUUAUGUUCAAAACUAAAAAAUUUUGGUAUUGGUCGUAUGUUUGUACGUACGACUCACGAUCAAAAUAAAGAAGUAUCUUAUGUUGUAUUAACACAAAGUCGCCCAUUGAUAACACAAACUCCACCUAAAGUAAUCAUUGGUAAACUCGAAGAAAUAACUGCACUUACACGAAAACUACCGGAUAUUCAAAGUGAAUUUUAUGGACGUAUUAUUGAAAGUGGUGUUGUAUUGAAUGGUGGUCGAGAAAUGAAAAUUUCAAGUACUAUCAAUCCUGACUGGCGAUUAAUUCGAAAAGAAGAUGAAGAUUAUUAUCUUAAAAAUACUAUUAAAACACAAGAAGCAUCUGAUAAAAAUCGUGAACAAACAAGCAUUAGUCUAUUACAAGAACAUAUUCCUGAUAUAAUUAAAUUUUGGGCAAGAACCAAUGGAUAA